AAAUAUAAAACCGGCGUGAGCUGGGCGAGCGCGGCGCGGAGUCGCAGAGCCGCCGCGCGGGCCUGGCGCGCGGGGAUUCGGCCGCACAGACGGCGGCGGCGGCAGCGGCUCCGCAGAGGAGCGAGGCUGCGGGAGCGCCCGAGUCGCGAGCUCGCGGGGGCAGCGAAGAGCGACGCUCGCAACGCGGAGGACGCAGGCGGCGGCAGCGGGCGGGCCUCGGGGCGCAGCGCGGUCCGCGCCGAGUGACCGGAGGCGGCUCCCGGCCUCUGCCGCACCGCGAGCCGCGAGCCCCCUGGCCGCACCCUUCCCCCCCCAGCUCCUCCCUCGCUCCCUCCCCGGCGCAACAUGGCUGCGGCCGCCGCCUCCGCCUCCCAGGAUGAGCUGAAUCAGCUUGAACGGGUCUUUUUACGACUUGGCCAUGCUGAAACAGAUGAACAAUUACAGAAUAUUAUAUCUAAAUUCCUUCCUCCUGUUUUGCUCAAACUGUCUAGCACCCAAGAAGGAGUACGUAAAAAGGUAAUGGAACUGCUGGUCCAUCUGAAUAAACGUAUAAAAAGCCGCCCCAAAAUACAGCUUCCAGUAGAGACACUGUUGGUUCAGUACCAGGACCCUGCUGCAGUUUCCUUUGUCACAAAUUUUACUAUAAUUUAUGUUAAAAUGGGCUAUCCUCGCCUACCAGUGGAAAAACAAUGUGAACUGGCCCCUACGCUUCUUACUGCCAUGGAAGGGAAGCCUCAGCCACAGCAGGAUAGCUUAAUGCAUCUUUUAAUACCAACCCUUUUUCACAUGAAAUACCCUGUUGAAUCAUCAAAAUCAGCUUCUCCGUUUAAUCUUGCUGAGAAACCAAAGACUGUGCAGCUGCUUUUGGACUUCAUGCUAGAUGUCCUUCUGAUGCCUUAUGGAUAUGUGUUAAAUGAAUCCCAGAGUCGCCAAAAUUCAUCUACAGCACAGGGUUCUUCUUCAAACAGUGGAGGAGGUUCUGGAAUCCCACAGCCGCCUCCAGGAAUGAGCUUUUAUGCAGCUAAACGAGUUAUUGGUGAUAACCCAUGGACACCUGAACAAUUGGAACAGUGCAAAUUGGGAAUAGUGAAAUUCAUAGAAGCUGAACAGGUGCCUGAACUUGAAGCUGUUCUCCAUUUGGUGGUUGCUUCCAGUGAUACACGCCACAGUGUGGCAACGGCAGCAGACCUGGAACUGAAAAGCAAACAGAGCUUAAUUGACUGGAAUAAUCCUGCCAUCAUUAAUAAGAUGUACAAGGUAUACCUUGGAGAUAUACCACUGAAGACAAAAGAGGGUGCAGUUCUGAAGCCAGAGCUUAAAAGGGACCCUGUCAGUACGAGAGUCAAGUUAAAGAUUGUCCCUCAUCUCCUUCGUUCUAGACAAGCUGCUGAAACGUUCCCAGCCAACAUUCAGGUGGUGUAUGAUGGACUUUUUGGUACAAAUACAAAUUCAAAGUUAAGAACAUUAUCCCUGCAAUUUGUUCAUCAUAUUUGUAUAACCUGUCCAGAAAUUAAGAUUAAGCCAUUAGGUCCAAUGCUUUUGAAUGGCCUCACCAAGCUAAUCAAUGAAUACAAAGAGGACCCUAAACUACUGUCAAUGGCAUAUUCAGCAAUUGGAAAACUCUCCAGUCGAAUGCCACAUUUAUUCACUAAGGAUAUAGCGCUUGUGCAGCAGCUUUUUGAAGCCCUUUGUAAGGAAGAGCCUGAGACUCGACUUGCUAUUCAAGAAGCUUUGUCUUUGAUGGUUGGAGCAUAUAGUACUUUGGAAGGGGCACAGCGAACUCUCAUGGAGGCACUUGUGGCUUCGUAUUUAAUAAAGCCUGAAGUUCAAGUUCGACAAGUGGCUGUGAAAUUUGCCAGCACUGUGUUUCCCUCAGAUCAUAUUCCUUCCAGAUAUUUGCUGCUACUAGCUGCAGGAGAUCCCCGUGAAGAAGUUCAUGGAGAAGCACAACGUGUAUUAAGGUGUCUUCCAGGUAGAAACAAAAAGGAAAGUACUUCUGAGCAGAUGCCUUCCUUCCCAGAAAUGGUAUAUUACAUCCAAGAAAAGGCUUCCCAUCGAAUGAAAACUCCAGUCAAGUACAUGACCGGGACCACUGUCCUUCCAUUUAACCCAGCAGCCUUUGGAGAGAUAGUUCUGUACUUGCGCAUGUGCCUCGCGCACAGUGCGGGGGUGGUGCCCACCUCUCAGAGUUUGGCUGAUAUGCAGGAUCAUGCCCCAGCCAUUGGACGUUACAUACGGACUUUAAUGUCAGGCGGGCAGGUGGCACCCUCAUCAUCUUCUAACAAGAGUGGGGAAACUAACCCUGUGCAGAUCUACAUUGGCCUGCUUCAGCAGCUGUUAGCAGGUGUUGGAGGUUUACCGGUUAUGUACUGUCUGUUGGAAGCUGUGUCAGUGUAUCCAGAAAAGCUGGCUACCAAAUUUGUAGACAAAACAGAAUGGAUAAAGAGUCUGAUGAAUAGCAGUAAAGAAGAAAUGCGUGAACUGGCAGCAUUGUUUUAUUCUGUGGUGGUAUCAACAGUGUCGGGGAGUGAGUUGAAAUCAAUGAUAGAACAGCUUAUAAAGACUACAAAAGACAAUCACAGCCCAGAGAUACAGCAUGGAUCCUUGCUUGCAUUGGGAUUCACGGUGGGAAGAUACUUGGCUAAAAAGAAAAUCAGAAUGGCAGAGCAACAAGAGAGAAAUGCUGACCUCCUCCCUGAUCAAGAGGAACUCAUUCAGAGUGCUACAGAAACAAUAGGCUCAUUUUUGGACAGUACAUCACCCCUCCUGGCAAUUGCUGCCUGCACAGCCCUGGGUGAAAUUGGCAGAAAUGGUCCACUCCCAAUCCCCAGUGAGGGAUCUGGCUUUACCAAAUUGCAUCUUGUAGAAAGCUUACUAAAUAGAAUACCUUCCAGUAAAGAGACAAAUAAGAUGAAAGAACGAGCAAUCCAAACUCUGGGAUAUUUUCCUGUUGGGGAUGGAGAUUUUCCUCACCAGAAACUCCUCUUGCAAGGUCUGAUGGAUUCUGUGGAGGCCAAGCAGAUAGAACUUCAGUUCACUAUCGGCGAAGCCAUUACCAGCGCGGCAAUAGGAACUAGUUCUGUGGCUGCCCGAGAUGCCUGGCUAGUGACUGAAGAGGAAUAUACUCCUCCUGCUGGAGCCAAAGUGAAUGAUGUGGUUCCAUGGGUAUUGGAUGUGAUUUUAAAUAAACAUAUCAUCAGCCCCAACCCACAUGUGAGGCAGGCAGCCUGUAUCUGGCUCCUUUCCCUUGUGAGGAAGCUAAAUACCCACAAAGAAGUGAAGUCUCAUCUUAAAGAAAUUCAAAGUGCAUUUGUUUCAGUUCUAUCAGAAAAUGAUGAACUUAGCCAAGAUGUUGCAUCAAAAGGCCUUGGGUUGGUUUAUGAACUAGGUAAUGAACAAGAUCAACAGGAAUUGGUUUCUACACUUGUAGAAACACUUAUGACGGGCAAAAGAGUUAAACAUGAAGUUUCUGGAGAGACAGUGGUAUUCCAAGGGGGAGCUCUUGGCAAAACACCAGAUGGUCAGGGCCUUUCUACUUACAAGGAACUUUGUUCUCUGGCAAGUGAUCUUAGCCAGCCAGAUCUGGUGUAUAAAUUUAUGAAUUUAGCUAACCAUCAUGCAAUGUGGAACUCUAGGAAGGGUGCUGCUUUUGGUUUUAAUGUAAUUGCUACCAGAGCUGGAGAGCAGUUGGCUCCUUUUCUGCCUCAGCUAGUUCCUCGACUUUAUCGUUACCAGUUUGAUCCCAAUCUUGGCAUUCGACAGGCCAUGACAAGUAUUUGGAAUGCGUUGGUCACUGACAAAUCCGUGGUGGAUAAAUAUUUGAAAGAAAUUCUUCAAGAUUUGGUUAAGAACCUUACAAGCAAUAUGUGGCGAGUUCGAGAAUCCAGCUGUUUAGCUUUGAAUGAUUUAUUGAGAGGAAGACCCUUAGAUGACAUCAUUGAUAAACUUCCAGAAAUUUGGGAAACGCUUUUUAGAGUACAAGAUGAUAUCAAGGAAUCUGUACGAAAAGCAGCAGAACUAGCUCUGAAAACUCUGAGCAAGGUCUGUGUCAAAAUGUGUGACCCUGCCAAAGGAGCAGCUGGCCAGAGGACCAUCGCUGCCCUUCUGCCUUGCCUUCUGGACAAAGGAAUGAUGAGUCCCGUGACAGAAGUUCGAGCCCUCAGCAUCAACACCCUUGUGAAGAUCAGCAAAAGUGCAGGAGCCAUGUUGAAACCACAUGCACCAAAACUCAUUCCAGCUCUGCUAGAGUCCUUAAGUGUAUUGGAGCCCCAAGUUCUCAAUUAUUUGAGCCUCCGGGCGACAGAGCAAGAAAAGGCUGCGAUGGAUAGUGCUCGGCUGAGUGCUGCCAAAUCCUCUCCGAUGAUGGAAACAAUCAACAUGUGCCUGCAAUAUCUUGAUGUGUCGGUCCUGGGCGAGCUAGUUCCUAGGUUGUGUGAACUGAUCAGAAGUGGUGUAGGUCUUGGAACUAAGGGCGGCUGUGCCAAUGUCAUUGUGUCAUUAACUACUCAGUGUCCUCAGGACCUAACACCUUACUCAGGUAAACUUAUGAGUGCUUUGCUUAGUGGCCUGACAGAUCGGAACAGUGUGAUUCAGAAGUCCUGUGCAUUUGCCAUGGGCCAUUUAGUUCGGACCUCACGGGAUAGCAGCACUGAAAAACUUCUGCAGAAGCUCAGUGGCUGGUAUAUGGAGAAAGAAGAACCUAUCUACAAGACCUCUUGUGCUUUGACUAUUCAUGCUAUUGGACGAUACAGCCCUGAUGUAUUAAAGAAUCAUGCAAAAGAAGUCCUGCCUCUGGCAUUUUUAGGCAUGCAUGAAAUUGCUGAUGAGGAGAAAUCUGAAAAAGAAGAAUGUAACUUAUGGACUGAAGUGUGGCAGGAAAAUGUACCUGGUUCUUUUGGUGGCAUUCGAUUAUACCUGCAGGAGUUGAUUACUAUUACCCAGAAGGCUUUACAGUCUCAAUCCUGGAAAAUGAAGGCCCAGGGUGCAGUUGCCAUGGCAUCAAUUGCAAAACAGACUAGCUCUCUAGUACCUCCAUAUCUGGGAAUGAUACUUACUGCAUUGCUGCAGGGCCUGGCUGGAAGAACAUGGGCAGGCAAGGAAGAGCUAUUGAAAGCCAUUGCCUGUGUGGUGACAGCUUGCAGUGCAGAGCUGGAGAAGUCUGUGCCCAAUCAACCUAGCACAAAUGAAAUUCUUCAGGCUGUUCUGAAGGAAUGUAGCAAAGAGAAUCUCAAAUACAAGAUUGUAGCAAUCAGCUGUGCAGCUGAUGUCUUGAAGGCCACCAAAGAAGACAGAUUCCAGGAGUUUUCUGACAUUGUCAUACCUCUCAUCAAGAAGAACUCACUUGAAAGCAGUGGAGUCCGGACAACCAAAAAUGAAGAUGAGAAUGAGAAGGAAAAGGAGCUCCAGCUGGAAUAUCUGCUGGGUGCCUUUGAAAGCCUGGGAAAAGCCUGGCCCCGAAACGCAGAGACCCAACGUUGUUAUCGUCAGGAGCUGUGCAAAUUGAUGUGUGAACGGCUAAAACUCAGCACGUGGAAAGUGCAGCUAGGAGUGCUGCAAUCAAUGAAUGCCUUUUUUCAGGGGUUAAUGCUUUUGGAAGAAGAACAUGCAGAUCCUGAGGCUUUGGCUGAAAUUCUGCUUGAAACUUGUAAAUCAAUCACAUACUCUUUAGAAAAUAAGACCUACUCAUCUGUGAGAACAGAAGCUUUAUCUGUGAUAGAACUGCUACUUAAAAAACUUGAAGAAUCUAAACAGUGGGAAUGUUUGACAUCUGAAUGCAGAGUGCUCCUAAUUGAGUCUUUAGCUACUAUGGAGCCAGACAGCAGACCUGAACUACGGGAGAAAGCUGCGUUACUGAAGAAAACACUUGAAAAUCUGGAAUAAAUUAGAAGGGGAAGAAACAAACAAGUGCCAUGUUCGUUGGGGGUUGAAAUGGUGGUAUUCUUUGAAAAACCAAGUCGGGAAGAGUAAAGAUUAAUCUGUAGCAUGCAUCAUUCCUUGGCUGAAAUAAAAAGAAAAAGCCUUAAAUUUUGUUCCUUAUUAGCUUUAUUUUACUUUAUGUUUUUAAAGUAUCUGGGCUGAGGGAGAUUAAUGGAACCUUGGAUGUUUGAGGGGUGGUUGUAAAGGAGACUGGCAGAAAUAGUUAUUAAAAGAGUUCAAGCUGUUAUUAAAGGAGUUAAUAGACAAAGUUGCAGAGCAAGCUGGAUAAAAAUCUUAGAACUGCAUUCAAAUUAGUUAUUUCAGGGAGGGCCCUGUAAGUAACUUAUUUUAACCUCCCUCUUACACACCUGAAAAAAAAGGAAGCUGUGUCCUCUCAGAGGCUUUCUGAGGCCUGUGCCAAAGUCAGAACCCUGGUGUUUAAUGUCUCUGGCCCUGGAUACUUUAUUUUACAGCCAUCUGCCAAAUCAGUGCUAACCCUGGCCUAACCAAGAAACUUCCAAGAUGAGGUACCUUUAGGGUGGCACACAAUAGUCCUUGUACCAGAACUAAAGUGACCCUUACCAUUGAGUUCCUGAAAGUCAGAAGCCAAACAUUGUCUUGUCAUGCUGGUUGAUUGGAGAAAAUGAUUGUAUAGCAUGUUUACAAAUGGAGAGGACAGAUUUGGUCUCCACAGGAUAAUUCCAAUCAUCUUCCUUUUACAGGCAGAUAAAGUAGAUUAGGACAAGAUUACACUUUCUGUCUGUGUCUGUGGUUGCAUAUUUUGCAAAAACAAAAACAAAAUCACAGACUGCCUUGGUUUAGACCAUUUAUAAUCUCAGAACUGUAAUGACAACUUAAAAUUUCUGUUCACUUUUACGCUACCAGUAUGACUUUAUAGGGGAGAAGGAAAGCCUUUUAAUUAGCCACCUGAAAAUUACUCUUUUAAAAAAUGCCUUUUCUCAAAAUAAUGAGAUAAAAUGAUACCACUCCAAGUAAAUCAUUGCCGUUAGGGGUUUUCCUCCUUCCUUCUGUUGCCCAUGCCCCUGCCUACAAGUGUAGGGUAAGAGAAAAAAGUAAAACCUAAGUGCUUAUGGUAAACUGAGAACUCUGUAGCUUACCUUGGAUUCCAUAGCAGAAGAUUGGUUACAUUCAAUAUUGAUCCUUAUUGACAUUAACACCAGGAAUCUCCAUGUUUAUUACUUUUCGUGGAAGCUCCAUGUUUAUUAUUUUUGGUGGUCUCCAUUGACCGAUGUAUUUCAAACUUUUUUGACUGCAAGUCAUAAUAAAAAUAACUUUUUACAUCA